UUUUAAUGUUUUUCAAAAACUAGGGAGUCCAAUUCGAUCAAUUAAAAUUUGUAGUAAUAUAAAUAAAGUAAGCUUAUCUGGUAAACCGACUUACAAAAUUUGGAGAUAAAAGUAGCAAGUCAUGGCUGCCGUUGCAAAUCAUGCAUUAUGGGUAGAAGCACUAAGGAGGCAUGACCGUAUCCGCAGAAGGCAUCAUCCAGAAUUUAGAAAAAGCGUUAAACGUGGGGACAGUACAUUAACCAAAAAGGCAACUAAAGAGCCUAAACGGAAAGUAUCACCACCGCAAUUACCAUUACAGUUGUGUUUCGCUGGUAUGAAUCAACAACCAUUUUCUUCGCAUGGCGAUACUCUUGUUGACUUCAGAGAGGAUCGCUGUAAAGAGUGUGGUGGCAAUUUAACAGUGUUUUGUUACACGUGUUGCCAGUGUGGCUGUAGACCAAGUAAACCUGAAGAGAUAACAUCCCAUCAACAAGCAAUCAUCUGCUGUCCAGUAAUUCCACCAGUAAACAGCAACGUAUUGCUUAAAAGUCAUUACUUAUGCAAGAUGGGAUGCGUCUGUAAGAACUGUCCAACUGAAAGAAUUCCAUCUUGCAUGUGUGGAUGUAAUUCUAAAAGAGAUUCCUCGGCAAGACAAGAACAACAUCAAAGAGCGGUAAGGUCUUGUAAAUGCAAGUGCAGAUGUAAAUAAAUUUUCACUGACGCAUAAAAUAAAUCUAUUUUUUUACUUA